GCGGCUCUCCCCCAGCAGCGCUGGUCGUCAUACCAACAUCGCACGUACUGGACUAGGAAGUGAACCGGCUUCGAGAUCUCAGAAUACACCGCACCGUGCGUACGGUGCAUCGGAGGAUGCCCGCGUACGAGAACUUUUCCAGCAUCAUAGCGCACGGCUCUCCAUCGGCGCACACACCACGGACGGUCGUACUGGAAGAACUUCACUAAGAAGGAGAAGAGGAAGAAGAAGAAGUGGAAUUGCGAAUAAAGCUUCCCCGGAGUGUUUUUUUUCUUCAUAGAUAAUUUCCAAAUGAUGAUUUCCUCGCGUAAAGCAGGACCCGUUCCUGCUGUGUAGGCGAGGUGUGCAGAGGGUGGACUAAGAGGUGCUGGGUCUGCCAAGCUUAACAGAGAUUCAUCCUCUGGUGCAGACAUGGAGCUCUGGGGAGUCUAUCUUGUGCACUUUCUAACUUUGGCUCUGACGGAGGUGGUGCUGGCCAGCCAGGACUGCCUGGUGGCGGGGGACACUUGCUCCAGCGACGAGACGUGCAGCCCCCGCCUGAGGACCCUGCGCCAGUGCGUGGCUGGCAACGGCAACAUGAAGCUGGGCCCCGGGGCCAGGAGCCAGUGUGCCAACGCCGUGUCGGCACUCCUGUCCAGCCCGCUGCACGGCUGCCAGUGCAAGAGGGGCAUGAAGAAGGAGAAGAACUGCCUCAGCAUCUACUGGAGCUUGCAUCAGUCCUUCAUCCACGGUCUGAACCUGGUGGAAAGCUACCCCUACGAGGCGGUGGAGCGGGACUAUGACUACGUUCGCCUGGCCUCCAUCACUGCAGACUCCGAGGUUGGCAUGGCGACGGUGAACCGUUGCCUGGACGCGGCCAAGGCUUGCAACGUGGACGACCUGUGCCAGAAGCUGCGCACCGACUACGUGUCGGCCUGCAUCAAGCCCUCCGCCAAGUCGGGCCUGUGCAACCGCUCCAAGUGCAACAAGGCCCUGCGCCGCUUCUUCGACCGGGUGCCCGGAGACUACACGCACGAGCUGCUCUUCUGCCCCUGCACCGACACGGCGUGCGCGGAGCGCCGGCGGCAGACAAUCGUGCCCGGGUGCAGCUACGAGGGCAGCGAGCGGCCCAGCUGCCUCACCCAGAUGCGCAUCUGCAGGGCGGACUAUGUGUGCAGAUCUCGUCUGGCACAGUUCCAGUACGACUGCCAACCCUCCCAGUCUUCUGCAAAUGGCUGCAAGCAAGGCAACUACGGAGCCUGUCUCCUCGCCUACACAGGGCUCAUAGGAAGUUCAGUGACCCCAAACUACUUGGACAACUCAACGUCCAGCGUGGCCCCGUGGUGCUCCUGCUCUGGGCCUGGGAGCCAGGGAGACGAAUGCAGCGAGUUCCUGGGCUACUUCACCCACAACGUCUGUCUCCGAAAUGCCCUCUUAGCUUUUGGAAGCGAACCGGACCUGAAUCAGCCAACUCUCAACCAAUCGAAUGCCUCCAUUCCGGGCAAGCGGAGCAAAGAGAGGCAGAGCACCACUUACCCUCCCGAAACCAUGGAAACCAUGCAGAACAUUCUGGAAACAAUUAUUCCAACACAGGCCGUCGACAAUGAACAGAUGCAAGGUCACUCCAUCCUACCCCCUGACAGCCUCCCAAACUUGUAUUCUUCUUCUUCUUCUUCUUCUUCUUCGUCUCGAAGCCCAAGGCCUUGGGCUACCUCCAGCAUUCUUCUUCUACUGUUUGCUCAUUUGGUUAGUUACGGACACUGAAACCGUCUGAGUUUCUAAAGAACCUUGCCCGUGAUAUAGGGAGAAGAUACAGAUGGGAGAGCGAGAAGUGGACCCUCUGACCCGCCUGUCUCUCUCUCUCUCUCUCUCUCUCUCUCUCUCUCUCUCUCUCUCUCUCUCUCUCUCUCUCUCUCUCUCUCUCUCUCUCUCUCUCUCUCUCUCUCUCUCUCUCUCUCUCUCUCUGUAAUAUAUGUACAGCAUAUGUAUGUAUACAAGUGUUUUUUUGUUUUUUUUCUGUUCCACCUGUCAACAUCAGCCUCUCAGCGAUUUCAAGACACUACAGCGUGCACGAGAGAGAGAGAGAGGCGAGGAGAGGGGUGAAAAAGAGAGCGAGAGGGGAGAGCAAGGUCGGUUUGUACAUUUGAACAUUGCUACUGCAUUCAACUAAAGCCAGUUGAGGUAAAGGACUGCACCACCACUAACCCGGCGCCAAGCUUCUCAGCCAACAUACCAUUUCAUUUUUUAUUCCAAUAAGUUCUUAUAAAACGUCGGAGCGUGUGUGUGUCUGUGUUUGUUUAUCGCUUGAACAAUUGUGAUUGCCUUUGUAGAGAUCUGUAUUAUCUAAACAAAGCUCCUUGCGGGAGAUAGUGUAUAAGACAGAGAAAAACCUAACAAAAAAAAGUUGGAAAAAUACCCGUUUGGAUAAUUUGGUUUGGUAUGGUUUUGCAACAACAACUGAUUCAGGGUCAAUACUGAAAUAGUUGUUUGGGACUCAGAGACAAUUGAGUAGAACAAUCAGAGCGCGCACUGAGCAUGAAGCUCAACAAGACACUACAUGUUCCAGAACACUCUGCUGCCUGCUGCAGCGGAGAUGUGGCGGACCCUUGCAGAAGGACCCAACCGUUAUCUGGACCUGUGUCCUCAAAGCUCGCACACCCUCAAGCUGAGUCUACGCCAUUCACGGCAGACACAGACCCUCUGGUUGAAUCGUUUGGAUGGGUGCAGCAACACCACCCAAUCCAGCUACGUUAUCUGAGUUUCUCUUGUGUUUGGUCGCGAAAGGAGGAGAAGAUUCCUGUUUUUAUUUCUUUUUUUUGUAUCUCAUUGUGUACGUGGACGUUUUAAGGACCUGGGAUCGAUGUGCCAUAUUUGACGAGCUUCACUUGACCCGCAGAUCGAGGGGAGAACAGCAUGCAGCUGGUUGGGGAUCACAGUGCUGAAGGAAGCACCAUUAUCUGUUGGCUGUGGUUGUAAAUUACGAACUGCAAAAAAAAGAAUUGGUUCAAGUACCGCGAAUAAAGGUUUUAAGAUCAUGAUGGCUUUACAUUAACUUCUUUUGACCUCGGCAGCAAUCAUGUUGCUCCCCCUCUUCUGGGUUUUUAAUUGCCACUUUUUGAAUGUUGAACACCCACUCAUUGGUCUAGUUGAAGGAGUUGGACUGUGA